AUGGCCACCACUGUCUUGGAGUGUCAAGAAUUUGCCAUUGUCUUCCUGGAUACCGAGGGUUUUGAUGCCGUGGGAGCCUCCGAGACCAUGGCAAUGAGCUUGCUCACUCUCACCACACUACUUAGCUCGUUCCUCAUCUACAACUCCAAGAAGGUGCCUACGAAGGUUGACCUCGACAAGAUUAGGUGUUUCUCCCAACUCUCCACCUCUCUCCUCACCGAGUGUGGUGAGUUAAUGUCGAUGGAUGUGAGGAAAGCAUUCUUUCCUCAUUUUCUGUGGCUCCUGCGGGACGUGAGUCUCAAGAUGACUGACAGGGAAGGUAAGGAGCUGGCGCCGACUGAGUUUCUUCACACCCGGGUCCUUGCAUCUGAAUCAGGAGAGCUUACAGACUUGGGCAAGUCUCUAGUCGGUCUUUUCCCCUCCUCUCUGGAGUGUGCCACUAUCCCUCUGCCGUCGAUUAAUCCAAGAGUCCUUCGAGACCUUUUCAAUCAUCAAGAGAAAUUGAGUGGAAGGUUCAAUGAUAAAAUCAAUAUUGUAACCCAGCAAAUCCUCCAGAAAUUAGCUCCAAAGAAGGCUGUAGAUGGACUACUAUAG